GUUUCUGCUCUUUAAUUAUUUAAUCAUUGACCUACACUCUUCAUGUAUUCUCGUUAGUCAGUAGAGAGAUUCUUAUUCAUUAUUCAUCCCCAGUGCAUUUACGUAUCUUCUCAUACGAGAAAUUUUCCACUAUCGGCUUCUUUAAUUGACGCUUUUGGCUAUUACGAAGUUUUUUUUUUGGUUUCAUCAAAUCCUACACCUUUUGAUCGAAUAAUUUUCACUCUGUUUAGUAAGGUCACGAUCACAUGUUGAUUGAGUAUAGAAUCUUGUAAUUAUUAGCACGUUUUCUGUCUUCAAUUAGUGUCCACAGUGCGAGAUUUUCCUGUAAAUGAUUUAUAACUUUAUGUAAACAUGUCAUCGGGAUUCUAGUAGAGUGGUCUUGCUGAUUCUUACAACAACAAAUACACUUAAUUCCCUUAAGAUUUCUAAUUUUGUUAAGUCCCUAGUCCAGACUUAUCUCAUAGCAAAAACUUAUCCAAAAUGCAUAAUAAACUUUAAUUAAGUUUUAAACAUAGUAUUCCCUCGCUUUAAAUAAUACCUAAUUCGUCAAAAACAAGGUUUGAACCUCUUAAGACUACAUCCCAAAAAGAAGUCGCUAUAAUUGUUAUUCUGUUAAAAAAUGUUUAAAUAAAUAAAAAAAAAAUAAUGAGUGUAUGAGAAGAUGCGUGCCUAACAUGACUUUUCCGCCCAUAAACAAUUCCAUCCAACCGAAUAGCCAAGCUUCCAAUUUUUUUGUCGUCGCUGCUUCUGCUAAAAAUAAUUAUGCAUAACUUUACAUUCUAAUAAUGCGUACGAGUCGAACACGUUGCAUCUUAUCGUGUAUUCUAACUGUUCUUGCCAAUAUGUCAUUCUUGACUACUACUGUACGUUUCUAACAUGACAGUUUAAUUUUGAGACACAGAAAUGCACAAUUCAAUCAUGAGUAUUAGGACCGAACAUUCUUAAUCAUUAAUGAACAAAAAAAAAAAAAACUUAAAAAUUAAAUGACGAGAGAAAAAUGGAAAAUGACUUUGUCAAUUAUUAUAAAUAUAUCAUCUUCUUUUCGUUAUGAACUCGUUAGUUGAUAACUAAUUUUAUUUGCUCUCUUUUUCAAUGCUGUCUAUCUGAAGGAAAAAGAAUCAUCAGGUCAAGAUAGCAACAAACAUGUAGUUUAAGUACAAUGAAUGGCGCAAACACACAAUAAUACUACACAAUAAUAAUUUUAAAUGAAAAGGAUUAAAAUUAGUGUCAACAACAAUUUGUGAAUUUUAUUGACAAAGUUAUCCACCAACACGUGAUUAAUAUUCAUCAUUUUACACGAAAAAAAAAAAAAUCCUAAUAAUAAAAUAGUGAAUUAAAUGCACAAAUGCUGUAGAACCAAAACAUACAAAAAAAUCGAGAUAAAAACAGAAAAUGUAUAAAAGAAAGAAGUGCCGCUAAUAAGAAUUGUUUUAUGAUUUUAACAUAUGUGUUUUGUGUGUCAUCAAAAAAUGCAAAAACAAAAUUAAACAAAAAAAUCUCAAACAAAAAAAAAACAAUUUAGAAAUGCAGAAAAUUUUAAUAACGUCUCACAUUUACUUUUAUCCCUAAUUUUCGCCAAAAUAAAACGACAAUUAUUGAAAUUUUUGAAUCUCAUCGACAAACCAAUCAAAUUAAAUAAAAUUUUAAAAAAAAAUCUCUUUCGCUGCUAAUGAUGACAACAACAGCUAAGCAAACAUCCAAUUCUUCUUCAUCUGAUGUGAGAAGAAGUUCACCGUCGUCGAGUAUUGAAGUUGCUGAAGACAUUGAGUCGAUAGAGUCGAUUGCUAAGCAAAUAUCGGAUCACGCAGAGGCCAUUUAUCAAGAAUGGAAAGCUCGUGGUUUGGCCCCAACUGAAAUAUUAAAGUGCCAUCCUGAAACUGAUAAUUCAUUUAAUCGAUCAUUAAAUCAACAAUUAUCACCAUCGUCGCAGCUAGCAAAACGUACAUUUUUGGAUGAGCCAUCAAAACUUACGUCUAGUGAACUUUUAUCAAAAGCACCAGACUUGUCAAAUAAUAAUUUAAAGCAAUUAGUAGAUUCAUUUGUGAAUGAAGAUAAGGCAAGAAUUGCUGCUCAACGUAUUGAUAGUCCGGUUGGAAACUCAACUAUUAAACUUGCUCUAAAGAAAUUUGAGAAUCUCAAGGAAGAUUCCCCCUCACCCUCAACAUCACCAAUACCUUCAUCAAGCUUACGAAACAGUAACAAGGAACUUCCAGACAAAAACAGUAUCAUCAUAACAAACAGCAAUAUUUUGAAAAAUUCAUCGUCUUCUGACUAUUAUCAAGUUCCGGACGUUCUUAAAGACACAAUUGAGAAAUGUGCAAAGCUUCAGAAGCCUGAAACACCUGCGAAACCUGAACAUCUCCUCAAUCAUGUUCCAACUUGGCCAUUUAAAAGUAAAAUAAUUAAUAAUCGAAAUUUUAGUAGUCCUAUAUCCGACAUGAAAACUCCUAACGAUCAAAAAGUCAUUAAAAGUGGAUCCUCAUCAAGUCAGCAAUUAUCUCCGAAUGAUAAAUCGAGUAGAAAGUCGAUUGAUGUGAUGGAUGAAGUGUCGCGUGAAGAAGAAAAAUUGAUAAAUGCUUUAAAAACUGGAAUUGUCUUGACAAAUGACAAGAAUCUUCCUGAAGUUAUUACUUCGUCACUCACUGAUUACAAGUCGAAAGCAGACCAGCAGUUAAAUGGAUUGUCGGUAGCUUUAAAAGAAAGUUGUAAAGUAGAUAGUAAUAGUAAUGAUGUCGAAUCACAAAAUCAACCAAAUCCUCCACAAAAGCCCAAUCACACACCGAUUUAUGUUCCACAAAAAGAUGAUAAUUCAAAGGGAUUUUCAAGUUUUGCUCGAGUUUCGACUACGAGAAUCCCACGACAUGACUUGUCGAAACUUGAAGAUAAAAAGUUUGAAUUGAAAAGCAUACCUAGUCCUGUUAGACCAUUUUUAUCACGCGGAUCUGUUGCUGAACGAGUUUUAAUUUUUGAAAAAUGCCCAGAAAAAGCUCCACAAAGGCAAUCAACGGAAAAACCUAAAAUUCAGGCCAAGCCAGUAAAUAAAGUAUUUCCUCCUUUGCACUCAACACUGCAGCGUCAUUUAAGGAAGUCCAUCAACUUUACUAUACCACAAUUCUUCUUCCCGAAUGGCAAGCCUCCUCCCUCAAUUACUACAGAAACGACUAUACAAAGAUUAGAGCUGGUAUUCGAACAAUUCGAGAACUUUGAAAUACCUCGGGAUAAAUUUCAUAUUGUUGUAACAAUAUGUCAAGUGCCAUUGUACUGGCGUGUUCCUUUAUUCAUGUGUACACAGUUAACUAAAACAGGUUGUGUUAAUGGAAACAGAUUUAUAGAUUUUUGGAGACAGAUGACAACUUUUUGUCAUGACAGUGCAUCAAGAUUUAUCCACAUCAUCUCUCGAGGCAAUCGGUCUCGACUACAUUUACUGCCCGAAGAUUUGGCACCUUUAAUUCAAGAUGUUGUUGAUUCUCAUCCAGGCUUAGCAUUUCUCAAAGAAGCUGCAGAAUUUCAUUCACGUUAUGUACAUACGGUGAUAGCCAGAAUUUUUUAUUGUGUGAAUCGCAGCUGGUCGGGAAAGAUAUCGAUUAGCGAACUGAGAAGAUCAAAUCUGAUAGAUGUAAUUCAAUUAUUGGAAGACGAAGAGGAUAUCAAUCAAAUUAUGGCAUACUUUAGUUAUGAGCACUUUUACGUAAUUUAUUGUAAAUUUUGGGAAUUGGAUAGAGAUCAUGAUCUAUUCAUAGAUCAGAAAGAUUUAGCGCGACAUAACGACAAUGCAUUGUCGUCAAGAAUUAUUGAAAGAAUAUUUUCGGGUUGCGUAACAAGAGGACGAAGUAGACAGCAAAAUGGCACGACUGGAAUUAGCCGAAUGUCUUAUACGGAUUUUGUAUGGUUUUUACUGGCUGAAGAAGACAAAAAUCACCCGACUGCUAUUGAAUAUUGGUUUAGAUGUAUGGAUAUUGAUGGAGAUGGAGUUUUAUCAAUGUAUGAGCUAGAAUAUUUUUAUGAGGAGCAGCAGCAUCGUAUGGAACAAUUAGGAAUAGAAACACUACCCUUUGAGGAUUGCUUGUGUCAGAUGCUAGACAUGAUCAAACCAAUCAAAAGAGAUUGCAUAACUUUAAGUGAUUUAAAGCGGUGUAAAAUGACUCCGAUUUUCUUUGAUACAUUCUUUAAUCUCGAGAAAUAUAUGGAACAUGAACAGCGCGAUCCUUUUGCUGCACAAAAAGACAGCGAGGAGCUUUCUGAUUGGGACCGUUAUGCAGCACAGGAAUAUGAGCUUUUGGUGGCAGAGGAAAGCAACGACGGCACUGGAUUUGACGACACAGAUGAAUAUGAACAAUAUGAAUCCAACAUAGAAUUACUUGAAUCUCAAAUUGAUGAUUGCUCUAAUGAAUGGUGAAAUAAUAGUGAUUAAACAUGCUGAGCAUGGAAGGUGUUGAACUGAAUUCUACAUUUGGCCAUAAAAUUAGAAGCCAUCAAGAUUAAUACACAAUGUGUACUACAAAGCAAAAAGCAAAACAAAAAAAAAACCUAUUUACAUACAUACUCAACAACUUACCAAAACUAAGAGAAAAUAUGUAGCCAUAAAUAUGUUUGUCUUAUAAAACCACACACUAAAGAUUUUAAUCUUACGAUAAUUUCAUGUUUUACGAUUAAAAACAAGUUUUUUUUACUUUAAUUUAUAAUGACAUAUGAUUUGUAAAUUUAAAGUUAUUAUAAUUCUAAUUCGAAUGCAUUUUUGUAAAAAGAACAAGAUUGUUUUUAUGUCAUUUAUUAUCUAUUUAUUUCGACGACAUUGUUGAAUAA